CUUGACGAACGCGUGAGAGCGGCGCGGUCCAACCGUCUCUCUGUCUUAUUAUUGUUGUUAUUAUUACCACCAUUAUAACUGGUUUGAACGGAGUCACAAGGUACAAAUUUGCGGCGUUUCAACACACAGGCUCUACUACGGUGGAUUCUCCGAUUCGUUGCGGUCGGUGCUCGUAAAUUCGACAGGGAUAUUAUUCUAAAACUUCACCAGGACUCCCGUCAAAGGAAGGUUGAUCCAACGAUUAUCUUGAACCAGAUCUUGACGUUGGUGUCCUGGAGGAUCGUAAUGGCUGCACACAUCAGACAGCUGGAGUUAAAUGUGCUCUGACAACACCUCACACAGUUUCCAUUGAACUUUAAGACUCUCAUCUGCGUCUUUUUUUCCGAGUGAGUUCAAUUUUUGUCUUUGGGCUAUAAAUAAGCAACUUCCACAAUGCCAAUCCUGAAGCAGCUGGUGUCUAACUCUAACCAAUCCAAGCGGCGGUCCCGAGCUGACCUGACUGCUGAGAUGAUCAGUGCUCCAUUGGGAGACUUCCGCCACACCAUGCAUGUUGGCCGGGGAGGAGACGCAUUCGGGGACACUUCCUUUCUCAGCACCCGGUCAGGGGAAGCACCAAGGGAACCAGAAGCCAAACAAAGCUCUCCAGGCCCAAAACCUGGCCUACUGUCCCGCACCUUCAGAAGCAGCAAGCGCUCCCAGUCCGUCAACCGUGGGGAUAAAUAUGACACCAAUAUGAUGGCACCCUCUGGUGGCUCAUCCAAUUUUGUGAAAAACGCCAUUUCUCUGCCUUAUUUAAACGACGAGGACGUCGACAAGAGCAACCAACUACCAAAGAGUGUCUCCUCCAGCCCCAUGAAGACACUGUUGGAGAUCGACAGCAAGCCGGUCAAUGGGGCAGCAGCCAUGGCAAAUUUGGAUGCGGAGUUUGAGGAGCACAAUUUUGGGGAACUGAUGGAUUUGCCCCCAUCCAUGCCCAAGGGGAGUGGGAUGAAGCACGCAGAGUCUAUCAUGUCUUUCCACAUCGACCUGGGGCCCUCCAUGCUGGGAGACAUCCUGAGCGUGAUGGAAAAGAAAGGCUGGGAGGACGAUGACCUUGGCUAUGAGGAAGGCAAGGGCAGCGAGGGCCGCGGGUCACCCUCCCUCAGCCCCCCUGUAGAGGAGGAGGAGCACGCACCGGCAAGGCCCCCCCGCAGCAUGUACCAGCAGAAAGCCAUCGUUGACCCCUACACCCCGGAGCUACGCACCAGGAGCAGCCACCAUCACCUGGAUAGCUGCUCCGUGUCCAGCUCGGGCUCUGCUGCCCUGGAGGAGAAAGCUAACAACCACCUGCUGGAGGGGGACACGGACAGUGCCAAGUACAGCUCGCCACGUGGAGAGGAUGACAGAGAUUUCUCCUUCAUGGAUGAGGAUGAUGAUGAGAUUCGAGUGUAAACUGGGAUGGCCACCAUGAACAGUCUUUUAGAACACAGAGGGAGAUGAGUAUCUUCCGUAAAUUGGGAAAAUUAUGGCAGACUGGGAAAGGAAGGAAGGGGCCUAGAAGCAGAUUAAACCAAGAGGGCCCAAUCACCAUCACACUUUUACAUAAUGGAUCUUUCUCAAUCUCUGUGCACUUUGUUUAUUAAUAAAUAAGUCAUGUAAGUAAGUCUUAUUCACUCUAGUCUGACCUGGAGUUAGUAGGCUGUGUGUAUGUAGGAGGUCCAGGUUGAAUGGGGGGUAAAAAGAAGAAUGGAAGCCCUGUAAAAGAAAUCCAGUGUUGACCACUGGAGAAAAAGAGAAAUACAAGAAUAGAGUUUAUGGCUUAUUCAUAUUUUUUCACACGUAGCCACACAUUUGCACUCUUGAAGUUCUUGGGUAUGAAGGUUGCUGAUCAAAAGCAAACUCUGAUCUACACUCAUCAUUACUGGGGGGGGGGAUCAUCCCCCAAAAUCAAACAGUACUACCACCCAUGUACAAAUUCUGGCCUUCCCGAUAGUGUACUAAGGGAGAAGAGUAAACACCAAGCUAAUGGUUUUGACAGUCAUCUUCCUGAAGGCAUGGGGCUAGAGGACUGUAAGAACUGUACCCUCACUGUCAGUCACAUGGAGGUCCCUUGGAAAGUUUGAUUUGUAAGAUGAGGAAGAGGACAUGUGAGGUCACUCAGUUGUAUAUGUAAUGCAGACUUAGAGGGUGUAGGAGGGAAAAGUAAAGUGAAAUCGAAUCAGAACUGUAUCAUAGUGUGUGGGCGUACUAGUAGCCAUGAAGCUUCAGUUGCCAAUACAUUAUUUUUGGCGUAGACAACAAACAUAUAAGGUAGAUAUCACUUUUGUCCAUUUCUGCUUUUAUUUCGGAUUGAUUUAUUCUAUUUUUACUUUAUUUUAUGUACAUAUACCCUUGGGUAGUUGGUCUCGGUUGGCCCAUUAUAAGUCCUCAGUGUAGUCUAUCCUUUUCAAGUUGGCAUGCUCAUUUGUUCUUCCUCUAUAUUCACAGACAGCUGUAAAGACAUAGUUUGUAUUUUGCUCAGUUUUAUAAGGGACAGAUCAUACCUAUGGUAUGUGCACUGUUAUGCCUUCAAGGUGUUUGGUCACAGGAUGUUUUAUAUUAUGGUUAAUUUCUUACUGUAGUUAGUUAUGGUACUAUUCAGCGAGCCAACUUUGGUCCUGUUAUCGUGAAAUGGCUUUAAGUCUGUGUGGCACUUGUUUAAAGGGACUCCAGUAGGCACAACACCAGUUUAUGUCGUCUCACUCCUGCCACCGCCAUCUUGGUGUGACUGUAUAAGCUUAGAAUAUCUCCCAAAAUAUUUUUUUUCUUACAGGCACUCAUUUGGUGAGUUGAUGGAUUAUUUUUUUUUAAUCAAAGAUUAAAAUGUGAAUUCUUGAAACACGGGCCUUUGUAUAUGUUCCAUGUGCUAUUUUAUUUUUUAACUAAUGUUUCAAAGCCUGUUAAGGCAGCGAUAGUGAUUGUGGCUGUUAUUAUGACUCUAUAAAUGAUAUAUCUAUGUCUGUGUUGUUCUAUGCCCAUUCCACAUCAUAAGUCAGGAGAAUCAGCAGGUCAGCUGAGAGACAGAAGAGAUCUCUCUUCUGUCUCUCAGCUGACCUGCUGAAGGAAAAGGAGUAAGUGGGGGUGGAAAAAAAUGCUUGUUAUAGGCUGUAUCUCCUCUCCCUUAGAUGCCUGUGUACAAAUGUCUUACAGGAUUGUGCAGGAAUGCGAAAACCUGAACUAGGCGGAAUUGGUGGGUAGGCCCGUUUGGUGUACACCAUUCUUUUCGGUGGAAAUCAGAGAUGCAGAAGAUAUUUUUCAGGCGUGCCCCGAGAGAUCAUAUGAUCAUCAUCUUCAUAACUCAAGUCACCUCGCAGGAAAAGAACAUGAAAUCAACACACCAUCUGGCCUUUUCCUGUCUUCUAAUUUCUUUAACGGACAGGCUUGUCAACCUCCAACCAGCUAGAUCUGUUCCAUGAUCGACUGGAUUUGGAAGCAGAAGCGGACUGACUGGACUCUUUUCUCUGACUGGCUGUCGUCCCCCUCCGCUUGUUGUCAGACUGCUAUGAAACAGGAAGUCUCCUUUACUCUGUGGAGUCCUGAUAUGUGCACACCUUCAUACUUUGAAAUGGUUAUUUUCCACAGCAGACAAACAGGAGGACUGAUUUACUCUCCCAUUUUGUGGUGGUGCGGUACUAGACGGAGAGGCAUCACAAGGAUGCACCGUCAUCCAGCCUUCAUCUCUGAACCAUGUCUGAAUGCACAUGUAAUGAGAGAGAACGGUUCCAAGAUCAAAAACAGAUGGGGGGCGGGGGGGAGGUGUGAAAAAAGUCAAGUUUGUUACAACUAAACUGUUGGUUUAACAUUAGCUGGACAUGGGUUGUUUAUUUUUGAACUAUGUAUGGGCUGCAGUUUGAUUUCUUGUCCAAGAUCUCGCUCUCUCUCGCUCUCUCUCUCUCAUUUUCAGUGUGUAAAGGCCAAAUUUGGGAUGUAUUUUACUUUUGUUUCAACUCUUUUGAUUUAUUUUAAAACACGUCAGGGGAUUGUGGAUUAUUUGUUCAACAGCGAUCCCACAGUUCCUGUCCUAGAAAGUGGAUACCAAGUUAACACGUUUUACAAUGACAACACUCCUCAUCCACCUUUUAUUUUAUUGAUAGCAAUGUAAAUAUUAUUUGUGCCAACCAUGAGUACAGUGAGCUUUCACACUUGCGUUGUUUUUUUUUUUUCUGUUUUUUUUUUUUUAAUCUGCAUUAUGACUUGGUAGUGCGAGUGUGAGACCCACUAGAGUCGGUGGCUUUGACACUAAUUAGCAGACCUGGAUUGAAUGGUAUUUGCAAAACAGUUCUUCAAGUUUGUUUUCAGCUUUGCGGGUGAACAGACGGGUGGGAUUCACUGCAUCAAGGCACAGCAAAAUACACUAAGUGGACUGUAACAUACGUUGCUGCAAUUUGACUGAAGAUUUCUGCCGCCGAUCACAUUUGUGCUGUGUAGCAAACUCGAUAAACCAUAUGGAAGUAUUUGCAAAUUGUAUUUGGCUCAUGUCUGCUAAAAUGUUCCCGGUGCCCUGAUGCCUGUGAUUGGCUGAGUGGCAAAAAAAGCAAAAGGUUGUAGAAAAACAACUGGCUUAAAGUUCAGCUGUAGAUCUUCUUUAUACUACUCAGCGGCUACAGUAAUGCCAAGCAUGUGCUAUUUUCCUUUCCUUUCUCUGGUCUUACUGUAUAUUAAUAUAUAUUUACCUCUUUUUGCGUUCCACUCUAUGAAAUAACGGCUAUAUUUUUCAAUAAAAGAGAA